GCACACAUACACACGCAGACGAUUCACCCCGUAGCAGACCGCUUUUCAUGUCGGUCUUCUGGCUCUAAUUACAUUAAAGUUUCCCCUUUGCCUGGUAGCACAGAGAUUCCAAAGCGAGCCAACGCUCGCCGCAAUUGUCGAAAAUGUUAUUCGGCAACGCGGACGAGAUUCUCGACGCAUUUAAGAUGGUUGUGCCGUAUUAUUUGCUGAUCGCCUUGCCCCUUAUGAUCAUCAUCUCACCGGUAAACCCCGUGGCAGGAGCUCAGGAGUUUCCAGCUUUUAGAAUGCAGCAGUAUGACUUACACGGUGUUCCUCACGGUUGCCGAUCUUCUAUUGUAAGCUUGGAUGGGAGAGGCUUGAGUAGCUGGUCUUCUUCACGUCACUGUGUCUUAGCUCGUAUAGAAGAUUUGACUGUGGAUCUGUAUCGAGACAUACGCACUCGAGCUGGGGCACUCCUUGUGAUUUUGCCAAAACAAGAAGAAAUGGCAAAAUUAUCAGACACUGCCAAGCAGCACAUUCUUUCCUUGGAAUCAGCUAUGAUGCAGCAAGAGACCCAAAUUCCAGUAUAUUUUUCACACUGGACGCCUGAGGUUCAAUCUAUUUUGGAGGAUAUUGACGAGAUAUCUCCAGCCUCAAACCAAAAGGGAACUGCUGCUGAGGCAAUGAUCAAUCAGAUCUCAGCAAAUGGAUACCAGAUUGUUGUUGGAGCAGGCCACCCUUCAGUGCGUUCUGAAAUAAGUAUAGCCAAUAUUCAUGGAAAACUGGUUGGAAAUGGCCAUGAAGACAAAUUACCAACUGUUGUUGUCACAGCGCAUUAUGACAGUUUUGCUGUGAUUCCUGGAGAAUCUUAUGGAGCCAAUUCAAAUGCUGCUGGUGUGGCAAUGCUUUUGGAAUUAGCACGACUUAUGUCAUCACUCUAUUCUGACACCCGUACACACCCCCGGUACAACUUGGUCUUUCUUUUAACUGGAGGGGGUAAAAUGAAUUAUCAGGGCAGUAAGAAAUGGCUUGAAGAUCAAGUUGAUGGUGAAAAUGCUCUACCUCAGGAUAGUACUUACGUUCUUUGCUUGGACUCUAUUGCUGGUUCCGGACCCAUCUAUUACCAUGUCUCAAAACCACCAAAGGAAGGAAGUGUUGGAGAUCGCUUAGUAAAAUCUUUGAACACUGCAGCUGAGCAAGAAGAACCAACAACUGCUGUUGUGCUCAAUCACAAGAAGAUUAAUCUAGCCGAGGAAACACUAGCUUGGGAACAUGAAAGAUUUAGCAUGAAGAGACUACCUGCUGCAACAUUGUCAACUGUUAAGAGCCACAAAGACUUCGCCCGGAGCUCCAUUUUAGAUACAAAGGAUCAGCUUGAUAUAUCAAGUCUUGCUCGUAAUACACGGGUUGUUGCUGAGGCAUUGGGAAAGCAUAUAUUUGCCUUAAAUUCAGGGAAAAUCUUUAGUGAUCAGUUGGGUGUUGAUGAAAACUCCCUUCAAAUGUGGAUUGACUAUCUAGCAAGUAUGACCCGAGCUACUCAUGUUGUAUCACACAAGAACCACCAGGUGGUAGGAGCACUGAAAGAUGCUCUGACGAAAUAUCUCAAGGGUGUCAAAGUAACUUACAUGGUCCCUGAUAGACGUGACCCCGAGGUUGCUUUCUAUGAUCCGGUCAGAACUAUUGUCAAUGUAUAUAGUGUGAAGCCUGCCAUAUUUGACCUCAUCUUAACCUUUGCAAUUGUUGCAUAUCUCCUCAUUAUAUACCUGGUCCUCCAAAAUUUCUCUUCAAUUUACUCACUGUCAGCAUCAAUUGUAGGAGUGCGAAAAAAUAAGUCUGAUUAAAUUGUUUGCCCUGCCAUCAUGCUUGGGCCCCUUAUCUUGUAAUAUAUGUGUGCUUAUAUGUUCCAAGUCAAGUGCACCUAGCUCUUAUAGGAAAAAGCACCACGACAUAAAAUGAUGUUUUCUCUGUGGGGCUCAAAUGCUACAAGAUUGCUCACAAUGUCUAUUGUUGUGACAGAAUUUAAUGCUUCAAUACAAACUAUGGGAAGGAUCUGAAAUGAUCAUAUCUCAAGAGGUCUUCAUUCCAUAUCUUUUCUUCAUUACUUUCAUCCUCUUAUUUCAAGACAUCGAUGAUAAGCAACAGUUGUUAACUUAUUGGAAGAUACAGCAGAAUUUUUUUGAUAUUUUGCAGUGUUUUGUGGAGUAUUUAGUCCAAUUUUCAUAAUACUCUAAUUGAGGGUUAAACUAUCUAAUAGUAUACUAAAUGGGUCCAGUUAAAUUCAACUUCUAUUUCAGCUUUUAUUUGUUCUUUGUCUUAGAAACGGAGAGCUAAGGCUUCAAACUUAGAUCCUUUUCCUAUAUUUUCAGCCUGUUUUUUACUGUGUAAACAAGAAAUGCAUGUUAAGUUAAAAUGUCUCUAGUCGAAUAGAAGGUAUGGCAAGGGUUGAUAUUUUAAUUUAGAUGAGAUCAUGAUCUCUUCCACUGAUGGUGCCACUCUCUCACCCUUUAUGAUUUCAUAAGGAUUUGCAUACUAAUUAUCACUCCUUGUACCUGUGUCAAAGUACUGUCGUUCUGUUUCUUUUUACCUCUGCAUAGUUUAAGUGGUAUCAUGGUUUAUGUGCUACAUGUGUUUUUUCUCUGAAAAAUCACCCUCAAUGUAAAUCCAUUUUGAAAAUAAAUGUGUUCAGUGCCUAUUA